AAAAAUAUUGCAAAGUUUGUUAUUACUUAUUAGUUUAGGUGUAUAAAUAUUUCGUAAUAACUCGGUUUCAUGUAAUAUUAUUGAGUUUAACUCUUUUGCGUUGGUUGACUUUGCACGACCAAACGCAUCCUUCAACAUACAAAUGUGGCAGUGAUAAAAUAACUGUAGGGGAAACGUAGUUAUGAGUAGCAGAAACGAUGGUGCUAAUAAUGGAACAAGAGAACUGGAUAGCUCAGAUGAAGAAACACCAAUAAAUCCAGAGGUCCGUAUCCUGUCCCGGAUCUUUGGUGUCCACCGAGCAAGUGUGGCAUCUAUGCCAGGGACCAGUGGUGCAAGUCACCUUGUGAGCCCGUUGCCGAAUACGCGCCGCACGCCAAGAGAUCGCGACCGUCUCUUCUGGACACUUCUUGGUAAUUCUAGCAGGCUGUCGCCCAAUGCCAGGUGUCGAAGCGGGCCUCCGCCGCGCGGACCCCGACCCACACCCCGAACCUUCGCUGACUUGUUCGAGCCCGACCGCCUUUCACGCAUCUCGCUCACACGCCACGCUUCUCCCUCAGGUAGCAGUUACCAAUCCAUCGCGAGCCAGCUCUCAAGUCUGCACUGUUCUUUGCGCAACUUACUGCGCAAGCGGCCCUCUAGCACCGGCAAUGUAACGGGUCCCAGCUCAAGACCGGUGUUGGUACUGCGCGCAGCCCCGGAGUCAAAUCAUGGCGAAGAUGAGUCCGACGGCAGAGGCCGCAUUGACCUUGACCGGAGCGACCGCGACCGCGACCGGGACCGCGGUGACCGUGACCGCGGUGACCGUGGCCGCGGCGAUCGUGACCGCAACACUCGGGAACAUGAGGAGCGUCAUCUUGACCCAGAGCCUAUUGACCUUGAUGACAUUGAAGAUGUUUCAGAGCCGGUCCCAGGGCCGGCGCCGGCCUUCUCUCCGCGCGCCGACGCCGACUAUUUUGCUGACGUGCCGUUGAGAGCAGAGGAGCCCCUGAACAUGUCCACGGGUUCUCUGCUUGAAGAAGAGAUACUCGAGGUGGAGCACGACCCUGAGCCUUCGUCUCGCCCAACCGGUGACAAUGAAACGGAACCUGCAGUCACCGCAGCAGAAUCAAGCCAGCAGAGAGGGACCAAACGAAAAAGAGAAGAAGAAGCACAGGAUUCGGCUUUGGCUCUAAACCACAGCAUCCUUCGUCUGCUGGAGUGCCCAGUGUGCAUGGAGUGGAUGGAGACGCCCAUCACGCAGUGCCGCCGCGGCCACCUAGUGUGCGGCUCGUGCCGCAAGCGGCUCGACGCGUGCCCCGUGUGUCGCACGCCCUUCUCGUCCGUGCGCAACCGCGCCAUGGAGGAUGUAGCAGGCGUACUCCGCUACCCGUGCCGGCACGGCUGCGGGCGCUACCUGCGCGCGGCGCGCAGACACAGGCACGAGGCGAGCUGUGCGGCGCGCCGCCACGCCUGCCCCCUCCCCGCCUGCCGCGCCGCGCCGCCCAUGCCGCGCGCCAAGCUGCAAGCGCACGCACAGACGAAGCACCCAGAAUCCUUCAAAACCGGCACGCAACACGUCAUCCCUCUGGGCGUGCGCACCGAGCAGCACGUGCAGCUCGUGGUCGCGGCGCUCGGGGCUAUAUUCCACCUGCGCGUCGACAUGGACGUGCGUACGUGGGGCGUGUGUGCUCUAGUGCAGCAUCUAGGGCCGCAGGAUCAGGCGCAUAAUUACACGUACGAGGUGACAGUAAACGGGCGGCACAGCGGGCGGCGACUAGUCUACCGGCGCACCACGCACAGCGACCUGGAGAACCCUGUGCUCAACACCAGCAGGCAGGACUGCUUCCACCUCACCCUCGACCAAGCGCUCAACUACCUUCGCUUCAAGAACGAGCACUCGGAGACGGACAAGACGUUGGACCUCAUCAUCACGUUGGCCGAGGCCGAGCCUGAACAGGAACCGGCUGACGAAGACACGUGAACACACACUUGUUACACUAGCAAAUGCAUCUACUUCGCGUGUCCGAACCCCGACCAAGCGUCGAGGUUGACCGUCGCUCUUUACAGUCCACGCGCGUCAGUUGUUGCAGCCGGAUGUCCGUGAAAACUUAAAAAAUGCUUCGUUGCAUGAUAGUUAACUGCAACAGCCCAAAAAUUGCGAGCACCCAAAGGCAAGAACAUAUUUAUCGCAGAUAAGUAAUUUUAAAAUUAUAUUAUGCGUAAAUUUUGUACCUAUGAAAAAGUCGGCACGCUUGGUUUCAAUACAAAUCGUGGUAUUUGCGUCAUCUAGCGUAUAUAUUAAAUCUGUGCUUGUACAUAUGGACUGUUAGCACCCUUUGACCGCCAUAGACGUCAACUGACGCGCGUGGCUACAGCCUGAUAUAACACACGGUUUACGAUAAACAUGGCGUCCAAGGGCAACACCACACACUAGCGUCUCCCGUCGACGUCUAGUCAACUCUAAGGCUGCUGCUCGACGCAACGUUGGCGCAACUGCGCGGCGACGCCAUUUUCCAUAGCGCUGACUAGACGCCAAAGCUCAAAAGACGCUAGUGGGUUGGCCCUAAUGGUCAACGAUUGACAGGCGCUCAACUACCUUCGCUUCAAGAACGAGCACUCGGUGACGGACCAGACGUUGGAGCUCAUCAUCACGCUGGCCGAGGCCGAGCCUGAACAGGAACCGGCUGACGAAGACACUUGAAAACAUACUUGUACAUUAGCAACACGCAACACCCAUAUGAGUCCCCGGCAAGCUCGGUUCUCCAUACAAACGUAGUUCCGCUCUCAUUUUAAAACCACUAGCUAGAUUGCUCUGAAACUUUGUAAUUAGGAUAGGAUAAGGUAUAUCUAUGUCUGUAAUUAGUUUAUGUAGCUUCAGAUACCAUAGUAAAAAAAUACAGCGAAUUUAAGCUUUUCAUACAAAACUUGCUUUGCUAUAUAAACUAAUUUCAGACCUAGAUAUACCUCAUGUCAUUGUUUGUGCAAAGUUUCAUUACAAUCCAACACGUAGUUUUAAAAUGAGAGCGGAACUACGUUUGCAUGGGAAGGUGCAAUUCGGCUAAGCUUGCCGGGGACUUAUGGCGUUAUUCAUAAACGCCUAUCAAGCAUAAAAAGCCCUUGAUAAUCGUUUGUCCUUAUACGUCUAUUGGGCACUUUAACCGAAUACGAACAUUGGAAAACUUGCCGUCUUUCUCUUCCGUCUUCGUUCGUACAUCUCUAAUUUGUAAAACCUGACCAGGAAUAUAUGAUCACGCACCAUGUUGCGGAAUUUCACUGGAACUAAUUUUUUCAUACUAUAUGAACUGUCACCCUAUACAUG